UGUGUGCAUGUAGGUGAGUGUGUGUAUGUGUGUGUGUGUGUGUGUGUGAUGGACGUGUUGCCGACUCUGCUGCGCACACUGCGCUCCGACACACAGCAAGCUGCCGAACUCCAGUACAACACUGUUCGCUCCCAGUCUCUGCGGCUGAAGACAGAUCUGAGUUUGAGCAGCGAGGCCGGAGCGCUGAAGGAGAACAUCAAGAAGAACCGAUACAAGGACAUCCUGCCAUAUGACCAGACCCGGGUGGUUCUCUCUCUGCUGACCAGUGACUCUGACAGAGACUACAUCAACGCCAGCUUCAUCCAGGGGGCGACAGCAGGCAGGCGGUACAUCGCCACGCAGGGCCCGCUCAGCAGCACCCUGCUCGACUUCUGGAGGAUGACGUGGCAGCACGGCGUCAAGGUGAUCAUCAUGGCCUGCAGAGAGGUGGAGAUGGGAAAGAAGAAGUGUGAGUGUUACUGGGCUCCACUGAACCAGUCGACCUCAUUUGGACCCUUCACCGUCUGCAAUCAGGGGGAGACUCGUCCUAAUGAAGACAUCGUGAUCAGGACUCUGACUGUCACCUACCAACAGGAAACCCGUCCUGUGUGUCAGUAUCAGUUUCUGUCCUGGCCGGAUCACGACGUUCCCUCUGAAGCCGCUCGAGUUCUCAAUCUGCUGGACCGAGCGAGGAGCACGCAGGGAGCAAGUACCUCGCCUCUGCUGGUGCACUGCAGUGCGGGCUGUGGGCGGACAGGAGUGAUCUGUGCUCUCGACUACAUCUAUGACCUGCUGGUUACCAAGCAGCUCACCCCCGACUUCAGCAUCAUGCAGAUUGUCCUGCAGCUGAGGAGGCAGAGACCAUCUGCUGUGCAGACCAAAGAUCAGUAUCAGUUCAUCUUCACUGCCGUCGUCUGCAUGUUCGAGAGAGUCCUGCAGUCAGCGGACAGCAUGUACUGCAACCUGCCGCAGGGGAAACCGGCAGCGUACCAUGAACCUGACCCACUGAGAGCAGACAGACCUACAGCCACAGCUCACCCACUGACCAAGAGGUCCUCGCUGCAGACUGACAUGAACGACACGUACGCCGUGGUCAACAAGCCGCGGCAGGCCCACGCCGACGCCGGCAGAGCCCCGCCCUCCUCCCAUCACUAUGACAACGACCCCCCCGGCGCCGCGGCGGCCCCCCUCUACAGCGCGGUCAGGCCCCGGGCUAGGCCAAUCAGCUCCUCACAUUCUGCCACGCCCAUCUAUGACACAGCGGCACCAGCCAAUCCCAGAGCGGGGGAGGGGCCUUUGCUGCUCUGCGACAGCGGAGGAUAUUCACUGGUGACAGCGGUGCGUCCCCCUUCGACAGACGACGAGUACGAAUACGUUCAGGCUCCUCUGAAAGACGCCAGCAGCUACUGUCCACCAGGGGGCAUCGGGUUUAACUGUCGUAUUCAGAAACCUAAAGGGCCCAGAGACCCUCCUGCUGAGUGGAGCCGACUGGAGAGAUGAGAGACCUGGACUGGACUGGACUGGACUGGACUUUUCUGGACUGGACUGGACUUUACUGGACUGGACUUUU